AUGCUUCCUCAAUUCGCAAUCACCGCCUUACUAUUCGCAACCAGCUUAGCCGCCCCUAUUGAAGCUCCCUUGAACUUCAGAGUAAUUACUUCAAAUGUGAGAGUCAAAACCAACAAGCCAUUCGCUCACGAGCAGCCCUGGGACGUGAGAAAGUAUGGCCAAAUCCAAACUUUGCAACAACAAUCUGCCAAUUCUUCUACCCUCAUCGGGUUGCAAGAAAUCAAAAAGGACAUGUUGGACGAGGUGAUCGCAGGGUUGAACAACAACCAAACCAAUAUUACCAGUGGUUGGACCUACUUUGGCGUGGGCAGAGAUGAUGGGGUUGAGAAAGGGGAAUAUGCUGCCGUUGUCUACGAUAACAGAGUGUGGGAUUUGGUCAACGGAACCUAUAAAUGGUUGAGUCCUACUCCAGAUAUUCCCACCAAAGGCUGGGGUGCAUCAAACAUCAGAAUCGUCACCAUGACGGAAUUGAAACACAUUCAAACUGGCAAGCACAUCAACUACUUUAAUACUCACUACGACCAAACCAGUGAAGAGGCCCGGGAACACUCAUCGGAGUUGAUUGCUGGGUGGAUCAGUCAGAUCCCCAACGAUUACCAAACGAUUUUGACAGGGGACUUCAACUCCAUCGACACGGAUUUAUCGUACACCACCUUAGUUAAGGACUUGGCAGAUACUAGGGUGAUCGCUUACCAGAAGUAUAGUCAGGAACCUACCUACACUGGAUUUGAACCCACCGAUAACCAGACGGUGAUUGAUUUUAUUUGGGCUCCUAUCGAUUCCAAUACCCAAGGUUCCAACACCACCGUCAUCGACUAUAAUGUCAUCGACAAUGUUACCCCGGAGGGAUACAGGUUUUCUGACCAUCGGCCAGUGGUGGUGGACUUUUUAGCUUUUUAG